AUGAUAUUGCUCAAUUGUUCUACCAAACUCCAGAUGUUAGAGCAAAUGCUAAGAAGUAACUUUCCUGAAUCACUCAAGGUUUAUGGAGCAGUAAUGAACAUGAAUCGUGGAAAUCCCUUUCAGAAGGAAGUGGUACUAGAUGCAUGGCCAGACUUCAAAACUGUCAUCACUCGGCGUAAGAAACAGGCUAAGACAGAUGACCUGGACCAUUAUACCAAUGCCUAUGCAGUCUUCUAUAAGGAUUCCAAAGCUUAUCGUAAGCUUCUAGAGGAGCCUGAUAUUAUCAACUGGGAGCAAGUCUUUCAGAUACAAGGACUCCAGGAUGAGAUAUAUGAAGUUUCCAAGGCUGUUGCAAACUUGAAACAGUUGGAUGUAAAUUUGACAUCCUUUAAGGCAAUUGAGUUUUCUUCAUUCCCUAUGCCAGAUGUCAAUUCCCGAGUGGCGUCUUCUCCUCAGCUGUCUUACCUGAGUGUGGCUGAGGCUGAUCUGCUAAACAGGACUUGGUCCCGGGGUGGAAAUGAACAGUGCCACCGGUACCUUGCCAACCUAAUCUACUGCUUUCCUAGUGUGUGUGUCCGAGAUGAAAAUGGCAAACCAGUUUCCUGGGCUAUCACAGAUCAAUUUGCUACAAUGAUUCAUGGUUAUACCUUGCCAGAACACCGCAGGAAAGGUUAUAGCCGGCUGGUAUCUGUGACAUUGGCCAGAAAGCUCCAAAGCCGGGGAUUCCCAUGUCAAGGAAAUGUCUUAGAUGAUAACACAGCAUCAAUAACUCUUCUCAAAAGUCUUAAUGCUCAGUUUUUGCCUUGCCGCUUUCAUAGACUUAUCCUCACUCCUAGGGCUUUCACUGUCUAG